CUUAAUAAACCAUGCCCCCGCUCCUCGCAAUCUUACGCACCCACCCACAAACCUGCAUAAAAGCCUUCUUCAUCCUCUGCUUUCACAAAGCAUUUUUCCAGACCCCAACGCCAUUAGUAAAAAAUCCUACCCCUUUAUAUACCCACCAUUUUUACUGUUAUUCACUAUCUCUUCCUUCUUUCUUUGCAUAAACUCUCAAUGGAAUCUUUAAGCAUUUUCAAGUUCUGGCGGAAUGUCACUGGAGAUUCCUUUAGAAAUAGCUCCGACGUAGAAAAUGAUGACGAAGAAUCGUUCUUCGAUUUGGUCUUGAAAUCACCUGGUUGCACCAAUAACGAAGAAACAAAAAAGGAAUUUCAUUUCGUUGAAUCUCCGAGAGACGUUUUCAUGACCGAGAAAAAUUUAUCAAUGGAAUCUGAUUCAAAGCUGUUAUCGUCUCCGAUUUCGUUGCUGAAAUCGGGGCCGAUGUUCAAAGUCUUCAUGCUGGGGUUCAGAAAGGCGGGGAAAAGUGAGUCCGGCGACUUGUUACCGGCGACUCCAACUCGGUUCACGAGAUCAUCCAAAAACGAACAGAGCAAACGCUUUUCCCCGAAAUGCAAAUCUGAAGCUGCAGUUUCCCCAUGUUUAACCAAAGACAACAGUUUGAGAAGCAAAUUGAUAAAAGAAUCCUCCAAUGAGAUCUCCACAGAGGCUAAACCAAAGCAACCUGUCCCAAAGUAUUUGAAGCUGAUAAAGCCUCUGUAUGUCAAGGUAUCGAAGAGACAAAAUGAAAAAUCAAAGUUCUCUAAUUCCGUCACACCGUUAUCUUCCCCGGUGACGGCGACGGUGAAUCUAUCGCAGAGCAGCCGAGUGGGUAGUUUUAAGGUUGUAGCAAAGCAUUUAGGAAAAAGCCGAUCGGCCUCGGCUGUUGUCGGAAUGUCUCCGUCGCCGAUUAACCGGAGGGAAGGCUCCCUAUUGCAACAGCACGAAGAUGGAAUCCAAGGCGCCAUUCUUCAUUGCAAGAAAUCCUACAAUUCUUCGUCGAAAGAACUUUCCCAGCUAUGGCGAUCUGCAAGUGAUCCUCCUAACCAGAAAACAAUACAUCAGGGAAGAAAUUCAUGGGAAGAACAGAAGAGAUGCAGCAUUUGAAGCUCAAGCCCCUUAUUCAAAAAGCAAAAUAGCAGCGGGAAAAUUAGUAAAAAAAUAUUAAAAUCUGACGAAGAUAUUACGUCAUAAUUCUUAGGCAUGACAAUAAAUCGAUAUUAGCAAUUUAGGCUCAUCUUUUUUUUUUUUGUAAAAUCAAGGCCAUUGGAUAUGAAAACGAAAAGCUGGUCGAUUUAGACAAUAUCAAAUCUUUAAGAAUAGAAAUACGUAAAAAUUCUAUUCGUCGAACUAUCUAUCUAGAUAAUUUAGUCUCGUGAAAUAUGAUAAGAAGUUUUUUUUUUUUUUUUUUAUCCUAGUAAAAUGAACAUGAGUGUAAUAAUUAUAUUAUACAGUGUAAAUUGAGGGAAAUGAUUACUAUUUUUCUUGUAA